GAGGAGCAGUUUGUCCAAAUCCGCAAGCACAUCGACCCUUUCUAUGAAGUGGCCGAGGAUGCAGCCAUGGCUGCGGAGAUCCCUGAUCCGGACGAGUGGACCCCCGAGGAGGUGGAUCCGGAGGUAGAAGCCGAACCGCAGGAGCCUCCAGUCAUCCCAUGGGGCAGCUGCGGCUCCUACUGUCCGGUCACCCUGAAAGAGCAGCGUUGGCUAUAUCCCGGGCAGAAGGACUUCCAGCACGUCUACCGCAACUAUGUCUUCGCAUUAGGGUCCGAGGCCGCGAGCGAGGCUUUCCUCAAGGAGCCGGUCCGCUAUGUGCCAGUGUCGGAGGAACCC